ACUAUUUUCGCCAAUUAUUCCAACAUAUUAAUACAACUGCUAAAACUACAAAUGUAACAGUUAAUGUUAAUAGGAAGCAAGGAAAAAAGAAAAGAAGACAUUCAAAAUAUAAACUUACUAUUUUAAAUGAAGAUGUUGAUGUCACAUGUUUACCAACGG